GGAAACUUGCCAGAAGAUUUUCUACGCAUUCGCCUGGAACCUGGAGGAGUAAUGAUAACAAAUCACUUGGCUGCAGAGCGUGCUGCUAGACGCCUCGUUUCGGCCGCUCGAAUAGCCUCGGGUAAUUCCGCUAAAGUUUCCUCUCGGCGACGCCGCCAAGAUAGAGAAACUCGUCGUGUCGCUUCAAACCAUGCUGCGGCUACUGUGGAAAGGAAUGCUGAAAUUCACAGUACUCUUAUGGGUCGUCGAAGGGAGCAAAGCCAAUUGGCUUUUCAAACUUUGUUGGCUGCUUUCCAGCGUCAUGCUUCCAGUGUCUCUGGCGCUACAGAAGUGACGUCACCGAGUGUAUCCAAGGCGAAAGCUAAAGUGCGCACUCGGGCGAAGAGCCAGGGUGACAAGCCGAAGACAAAGAAGAAGCCAUUUAUCAAAGACACCGGCCGAGCUGAAAUAUUCUCCGGGCAACCGAUUGAUGGCAACAACGAGGCUGCAUUUACUGCGUUCUCUUCUUGCCCAUGCAGCUCAGAAACACAGAAUGGAAUCAGAAUGAGCCGACUUCAGUCGAGUUCUGCGAAAAAAGAUAUGCCAUCUCAGUGUGAUUACAAACAAAAGCAUUCCAAAAAUUCAGAGACAUAUGCUCUUCGGGAUCAAUGUCGAUUAAAUAAUGCACGGAGCAAUCUGGGUUUCUGCAUUAUGAAUGGUUGGUAA